GACUUGCAUAAAGGUUCCACAGAAGCCACCAUUUCGCGGUUCUCGGGCUCUGAUCCUCAUUUCCAAAGGCGAUCGAACCAUGCACAUCUAAUUGAGAUACCCCGGACAAGGAUAAACACCCUCACAACUUCAACAUGUCUGCCAAAACUCAGUCACGAUGGAUCCCCCACGCACAAUCCAAACCCCUCGGGGCACUAUCGUCGAGCUGGCCCUACCCGAGCAUGAACACGAGAUUCUCGAGUCAGGAACCACUCAGGAGCGAAUAAAUGCGAUUUCCUACCAGCCAAUUGACUUUUCCCAGACGGACCUGCCCGAGUACCACCCGUUCUUCGCCCUGGUCCUGGACAAUGUCUUCUCCGAAGAAGAAUGCGCCAUGAUUCGGGCUCUGCCAGAGGAUCACUGGGCUCCCCUGGUCCAGGGAAACGCCUUCCGAGAGGUUGAUCGCACGCUCGUUCUUAACACGCAGGUGGCGGACGUCUUGUAUGCGCGGAUCCGACCACACUUGGAGAAAGCCGGUGUCACUCGCCUCCGCAAAGCUGGCCGACACCAAGCGCCGGCAUCCGGCGCAAACGCAGCAGCAGGAGCAGAAGCAUCGACGGAACCUGUCAGGCAGAUCUCUUCUCCCGCACAAGACUGGUCCGAGGGCAUUGCGGGCGCGAGCAACCUCAAGGCCGGCCAGGGUCGGCACAAGGCGACCUGGGACAUGUACGCGGCCAACGAGAGGCUCAGCUUCCUGCGCUACGGGCCAGGCAUGCACCACGACCGGCACUGCGACCAGGUCUUUUCGCGGCCGGGUACAGACAAGGAGGACAAGAGCUUCCUGACGUGCCAGGUCUAUCUAAGCGACAGGCCUGCUGCCGAGGCUGGCACGGCGGACGCGGGAGGUACGACUCGCUUUUGGGGUCCGCCUGGGUCAUCUUUCGAGCGGCGGUUUGUCGAUGUUGUCCCCAGGGCUGGCCGUGUGCUUGUCUUCCAGCAGCGGAUGCUGUGGCAUUCGGGACAGCCAGUAAAUGCUGGGCUCAAGUACGCGAUGAGGACGGAUCUGAUGUACCAGAGAUCCUUUACAUGAGCAAUUGUCAGAGACGGAUUCCUGGCAGGCAGGCGGACAGGCUGGUACACAAUACUUGAUCUCAUUUCGGAUCCCAUUCCGGGUCUCUUCCCUACGCGUUGCUAUUUCUGAGACUACAUGAAUUGAGUUCAGGUUUUGCUCGGCCUGUUUCACUGCCACUGCACAAUGGCGAUGCAAUCUUUUGCCAUGGUCCU